CGUGCGUCGAACGAAACGCGUCGCGGGUGUCGGCGGUGGCGGCACAUCAGUCGCCCAGUCGCGUUUCGAUCGGCAACCUCGUCGCACUGUUCCGCCGCCGCCGCCGCCGCAGCCGCACAAUAAUAGUAUUAUCACACGUCCGCAACGACAACAACAACAAAAACAAAACUACUUACUGUGAUAUCGCCGUAUUAAAAACGCGCGCACGUGACAAAAACCGCAUUAGUGCGUUUUCCCAUUAUUCCGAAAUCGGCCGUCGUGUCUCGUAUACGAAAAUCGUUACAAAAAAUAAUAUUAUUAUAUUAUCGGUCAUGGCUCGGCCGUGCAGUGAUGUCGCAGUGCGCCGUGCGACGGUCGUACCGACUUCGCGGCCCUCCGACCGGUCGCAAUAACGACGACAACGGUACCGCCGACGAGUGCACGACGAUAAUCGUUGCGUUCUAUCCAUUUCAAUUUUUGCGACCGACUCGACGACAGUGGAAGAGCAUCGCCGUCGGACGACGGACAGUCGACGCGACGUGUUUUAUGCGCCCCGCGACCAGACAACCACUCGCCACCGCCGCCACAACGCAGACGCUGCGACACCGUCGCCGCCGACGCCGUCGUCGCAUAUUCUUCUUCGACCCGAAAACGUUGGCCGCCCACGCACGCCAUGUACGUGUCGCUGUGCAGGGGAAUCCCGGAGAGUUCGUUCAGGAAACCGCCGAGACCGCAACCCCAGCAGACACACCGGUUGAAUCUGAGCGGAGGCGGCGGUCCCCCCCGGAGAAAGACGUCUGGUUACGCGCGGCCGCAGUUCAACGGUCCUAUGGAGUUAGAGACGCUGAUGGAGGAAGGGGCCUCGCCCGGCCCAGGUAGCCGAGAAGGCGAAGCGCCGACGGCGGACGACGGCACUCGCGUAUCGCUCUCCAACGGGGACAAAGCUUCACAUAGCCAUCGGUCACAACAACCACAACAAGAAGAACUCAACUCCGCCGCCGCCAUGAAAUCGAAUUCCGAUCGUCCGCGUAGCUCGCUCAACCUUUACCUGGCCGCAUGCACGGUGAACAUGGGCGCACUGGCUGCCGGUUGUGCGCUCACGUGGUCUUCGCCAACUCUGGUGAAGCUCGAAAAGGGCGAAACCGGCAUGCAGAUCACUAGCGACCAAUCCUCCUGGGUGGGCUCGCUGGUGACAUUGGGCGCAGCCAUCGGACCGAUACUCGCCGGACUCCUGCUGGACCGUUUGGGCCGCAAGCACACUAUACUGUUGAGCAUGGUGCUGUCGGCGAUCUCGUGGAUCAUGAUCGGCGCGAUCCCCAGCCUCGUGUCGCUGUACUUGGCUCGUGUGCUGUCUGGUAUUGCCGUCGGUGUCAUUUUUACCGCCGUCCCUAUGUACAUCGCAGAAAUAGCAGAGAUGCGUCUAAGAUCGUCGUUGGGUACACUUAUGCAAUUUUUCUUGGUCGUCGGAUUUUUGCUCGAAUACAUUGUCGGACCAUACACAUCGUACCUAACUUUAGUCAUCGUGUCACUGGCGACACCCGUUCUAUGUUUCGGCAUGUUCGUGUGGAUGCCGGACUCGCCACAGUCGCUGUUAUUACGGCCCGGAGGAGAACAGAAGGCCAUGGAAUCGUUACGGUGGUUGCGCGGUAACCCGCAAGAGACGGCUCUGAUCAAAGAGCUCGAAGAUAUCAAGAAAUCCGUGGACGAUUCGAAGAAACAAAAGUCUGGUUUCGGCGAACUAUUCGCCAACAAAGGUAACAUCAAGGCGGUGGUUAUAUCCUGUGCCAUGGUAGCGUGGCAACAGCUUAGCGGUAUCAACGUGGUGCUGCUGUACAGUGAGACAAUUUUCCGGAAGACCGGUGUCGAUCUAUCUGCCAGCGUGUCCACAAUAAUCGUCGGAACAGUGAUGUUGGUUGCUGCUGCUGCGACACCGACUUUGGCUAAGAUGACUACAAUGAGAAUGCUUCUGUACAUUUCGGCAAUCGGAAUGGCAAUUACCGACGGAACGCUUGGCCUGUUUUUCUACUUACAAAAUUCAGGAAGCGAUGUGAAUUCUAUUGGAUGGUUACCAGUUACAAGUUUGGUGCUUUUCAUCAUCACUUAUUGUCUCGGUUUUGGUCCGCUGCCAUGGGCUAUUAUGGGAGAGAUAUUUCCGGGCAAUCUUAAGUCUGUGGCAUCGGCUCUAACAGCCAGUUUCUGCUGGAUCCUGGGAUUCGUAUUGACGAAGAUGUUUAGUAUGGUGUGCGAUGCUAUCGGCAUACAUUUUGUAUUUUGGUUAUUUUCCGUGUGCUGUAUAUUGGCGCUGUUGUUUACGGCGUUUUUGUUGCCCGAGACCGAAGGCAAGACACUUCAAGAAAUCCAGGAUAUUCUGCACGGCAGAAACAAAUCCGGAAACCUUAAAAUGACCAGAGCAUAAUACAUGAUACAAUUUUGUACAAAAGUGACUGAUUAUUUUUCAUUUGAUUAAAACUUCACUAAAUUGUCUAAACGAUAUUUAUAUUUAUAAAAUAUAAAUAUAUGUGCGAGACAACAGCCAAUAAAUUAAUUAUCGUUAGUCUUAAAACCCGAUAUUAGAUAUAUAUACAUUCAUACGAUUCAAUAAUAAAAACUGUAAAUUUUUUACUCAAUAUUUUUAUUUUUUACUUUAUUUUAUAUAAUGAAGACUUUAUUUAUAUAUUAUUUGUUUAUUAUUAUAACAUUAUUUAUAUUUAAAAUAAUCUUAUCAUACAUAAAUAAUUCCAUUCGACACAAUACACUGCACUGUUGUGGUAGGUACCUAUAUUGAUCAGUCUAUAAUUGUAUGCGUGAAAUAGAUAUCAUAUAUUUUGGCAUACUAUUGAAUAACAUUAUACUAUGUAUAUCAAUAAUAUGUAAAUUUAUUAUUUUUUUUUUUCAUUUGUUAAAAUCAAAGAGUAAAAAUAUUUUUGUAGCAUUUGUUGAAUAUAUAAUUUUUUAAGUA